AUGGCUGUGAUCUCCGCUACAAGUUUACCUACAUUAGAUGAACCAAGUGAUCGUUUACCUACAUUAGAUGAGCCAAGUGAUCGUUUACCUACAUUGGGUGAACCAACUGAUCAUCUACCUACAUUAGAUGAAGCAACUGAUCGUCUACCUACAUUGGGUGAACCAACUGAUCGUCUACCUACAUUAGAUGAACCAACUGAUCGUUUACCUACAUUGGGUGAACCAACUGAUCAUCUACCUACAUUGGGUGUACCAACUGAUCGUCUACCUACAUUAGAUGAACCAACCGAUCUCCUUGCCCGUGCGUACACCCCCCCACCCCCUACCUCUACUACCAAACAGAAACGGAAACGAGCUGAUACUCUCCUCGCCACUACACAACGGUGCCGAUCUGGUGGUGCAGAUACCUACCGACGCUACAACGACACAGACCAUCACAGUAGACAUAUGGGACGAUAA